CGGUUCAGCUUCUUUCAGGCCUGGUUCAGGCCAAUGCUGGUAGAUUUCGGUUGGCUCCGGAGGUACCCAAAGGGCCUCAAUGUGACGACCCUGGAGGAAGGAAUCGGGCAAGCGCUGUUGACGCUCACGUUGGCGCAGCAGCAGGUGCUGUUCAUGGAAUGGUUCGAGGCUUUCAGCGGGCAAGGCCGGGAGUGCCCGAACCUGAUGAGGGCCUUCCAGGUCUGGUGGCGGCGGUCAUUUAUCCCACCAGCACCGUUAAGAGUUGGAAAAGGUGAACCACCCCCUUCUUGGGAUCCGGUACCAACUCCAAUAGUGAUGGUUGGAAAAGGCUCCCCAAAGCUCAAUGUGAUUGCAAGGGGGUCGCCAAAGUUGAGUAGGUUCCUGCCUACAACAAGUGCUAUAAAAAAGAAGCCUUCUCCUAAAUGCAGUGGGGCAAAGAGGAGUGGAGGAAAACAAAGAGCGGACUGGAACCCAACUCUUGAGAAAUCACUUGUUGAAAUUCUGCAUGAGUAUAAAGAUAGUGGCUAUAGAAGUGACAACGGUUGGAACACUGAAGGGUGGAACAAGAUGGUGAAGGAGUUUCAUCUGAGAAACAAGUCUGUCUCGUACACAAAGGCACAAAUUCAAGAUAAAGAAUGUCAGCUUAAGAGAGACUACAAGAUGAUUAAAGCAGCAAGAAUGCAAAGUGGGUCAAAAUGGAAUGAGCAAAGAAAUAUGGUUGAAGGAUCAGCCUCAAUGUGGGAGAACCUCAUAGUGACUUUCCCCAAAAUCAAGAAGUUUCAAAACAACAAGGCAAGCUUUCCGCUCUUUGAUGCUUUGGGAGAACUCUAUGAUGGUCAUCUGGCUGAAGGGACAUACAAUUUCACUUCUAUUGAGUCAGAACAUGUGGAAGAGCCCCUUCAACAAAUUAAUGUUGUAGAGGAAGAAGCUGAGGAAGAAGCCCUACAGGAAAUUCAUGAGAUACGUGAUGAAGAUGAUGAAGAAAAGGAUGCAAGAGAUAAAGAAGAGGAGGCAAGAAGUGGACAACGAAGAAUGGCUGCAUCAAGAAAGAAACCAGAAAAGAAAGGACAAAGGCCUAGAAAGAGUGCAAAAAUUGAAGCUAUGAUGGAGAGAUUCCUUGAAAUGAGGACAAAGCAAGCAGAAGAUGAAGCUCAACAGCUAGCAAGAGAAAAUGAGACAAGAGAAAAGGAGGCAAGAGAUAAGGAGGCUGCUAAAGGUGAUGAAUACUCCAUCAAAAGGUGCAUAUCGAUUAUCAACACAAUGGAAGUGACAAAACAGGAAAAGGCCAAAUCUUAUGCAAUCUUCACCAAGAGCAAAGAAAACAGAGAGACUUUUAUUUGUGCUAGUGAAGAAGAUGAAGAAUCCGCUUUGAUUUGGCUUAGGAAUGAGAUGGCCUAGCAGCACUCAAACGACAAGUGCUGGUGAGGGAUCUGGAGUCGGUGCUUCAACUGCAUCACUAAGAAGCAUAAAAUGUUGUCAUAGAACUGUUGGUUUUGUUUCUAUUUGGUUGUACUAGUCUGUUUAAUUAGGACAAGUGCUGGUGAGGGAUCUGGAGUCUAUUUUGGUUGUACUAGACUAUUUAAUUAUGACAAGUGCUGGUGAGGGAUCUGGAGUCUCUUUUGUUUCUGCAGCAUCUGCAGCACAAAGAACUGGCAUGUGAGUUCUUGCCGCUUUGUCAGGUGACCAUGUUAGGUGACCAUGCAAUGGUGGUUCUAUUCUGUUUCAGAGCCAUACAAUUUCACUGCGGUAUUGUUGUUCA